AUGUACAGCAGAGAGCUACAGUGGAGAGCAAUAGCAGAGCGGAGAGCUACAGCAGAGAGCUACAGCGGAGAACAACAACAGAGAGCUACAGCAGAGAGCUACAGCGCCAUAUCUACAGCAGAGAGCUACAGCAGAGAGCAACAGCAGAGAGCUACAGCAGAGAGCUACAGCGCCAUAUCUACAGCAAAGAGCUACAACAGAGAGCAACAGCAGAGAAUCAGCAGAGAGCAACAGCAGAGAGCUACAGCAGAGAGCUACAGCGCCAUAUCUACAGCAGAGAGCAAACACAGAGAGCAACAGCAGAGAGCUACAGUGGAGAACAACAACAGAGAGCUACAGCAGAGAGCUACAUCAGAGAGCUACAGCGCCAUAUCUACAGCAGAGCGCUACAGUGGAGAGCAACAGCAGAGAGGAGAGCUACAGCAGAGAGCUACCGCGGAGAACAACAACAGAGAGCUACAGCAGAGAGCUACAGCAGAGAGCUACAGCGCCAUAUCUACAGCAGAGAGCUACAGUGGAGAGCAACAGCAGAGAGGAGAGCUACAGCAGAGAGCUACAGCGGAGAACAACAACAGAGAGCUACAGCAGAGAGCUACAGCGGAGAACAACAACAGAGAGCUACAGCAGAGAGCUAUAGCAGAGAGCUACAGCGCCAUAUCUACAGCAGAGAGCUACAGCAGAGAGCUACAGUGGAGAGCAACAGCAGAGAGGAGAGCUACAGCAGAGGGCUACAGCAGAGCGCUACAGUGGAGAGCAACAGCAGAGAGGAGAGCUACAGCAGAGAGCUACAGUGGAGAACAACAACAGAGAGCUACAGUGUUCGUUGGAUGUGCCGAAACGAUACGUGAGGUUUCAUUUACCCAUCACUAA